UGUGAAUACCUGUGUGCGUUCGCAGACUGUCACAAGGAAGUGAGCGACCUGCUGACUGUUAAGAUGGCAGCGGGCGGACUGAAGGCGGUAGUUGGGGAAAAAAUCCUUAAUGGGGUCAUUAAGAGUGUGCGGAAGGAUGGAGAAUGGAAGGUUCUUAUUGUGGAUCACACGAGCAUGCGUAUUCUGUCAUCUUGCUGCAAGAUGUCUGAUAUUUUGGCCGAGGGGGUGACCAUUGUGGAAGACAUCAACAAACGUAGGGAGCCCAUCUCUAGUUUGGAGGCCAUUUAUUUGAUUUCACCAGUGGAGAAGUCUGUUCGUGCGCUCAUUAACGACUUCAAAGAUGCUGCAUUUACAUACAAAGCAGUGCACAUCUUCUUCACUGACACUUGUCCAGAUGGUCUCUUUGCUGAGAUUGGUAAAUCCAGAGUUGCCAAGGUCGUGAAGACUUUGAAAGAGAUCAACGUUGCUUUUCUGCCGUAUGAGUCUCAGGUAUUCUCCCUGGAUGACCCGUCGUCCUUGUACCAUUUCUAUAGUUUGAAGCCAAAUGAAGGAAAAGACAAAAUGAUGGAAAAUCUGGCUGAGCAGAUUGCAACCCUGUGUGACACACUUAAGGAGUACCCUGCAAUCCGUUACCGCAAAGGACCAGAGGAGACUGCUAGACUGGCUGACGAGGUUCAUCAGCGCCUCAUUGCUCACAAAGCUGACAACCCAAGCAUGGGAGAGUGUAUAUUUCUGAAAGUGACAGAGCUUCUGCGCACCUUUUGUGAGAGCAAGCGAAUGUGCACCGAUAAUGCCAACAUAAAGGAUCUGUCACAGAUGUUAAAGAAAAUGCCUCAGUAUCAGAAAGAGCUGGGCAUGUACUCUACUCACCUGCACCUAGCUGAAGCCUGUAUGAAGAAGUUCCAGGCCUCUCUUGAUAAGCUCUGUGAAGUGGAACAGGACCUGGCAAUUGGAGCAAAUGCAGACGGGGAGCCACUGAAGGAUGCCAUGAAAUGCAUCGUUCCUGUGCUUCUCAACAAAGAAAUUGAAGCUUACGACAAAAUCCGCAUCAUACUGCUGUACAUAUUUCACAAGAAAAAAGGCAUCGCGGAGGAGAACCUGGCAAAGCUCAUCCAGCAUGCUAACAUACAGGCCGACAGCAACAUCAUAACCAACCUGCAGAACCUGGGCUGUAACAUUAUAGCUGGGGGUCGCAAUGCUGGGAAAACGCUGCCAGAGCGGAAGGAGCGCAAAGAAAGCACCUACCAGCUCUCUAGAUGGACACCCAUCCUUAAAGAAGUCAUGGAGAAUGCCAUAGAGGACAAACUGGACAGAAAGCAAUGGCCAUUCAUUUCUGAUCCUGCUCCCAUCAAUACAACUCAGACUGCAGUCAGCAGUGCACGUUUUGGACACUGGCACAAAAAUAAGUCUCCAACAGAAUAUCGCUCUGGCCCUCGACUCAUUAUUUUUGUGAUUGGCGGGGUGUCCCACUCAGAGAUGCGCUCUGCUUAUGAAGUCACUCGCGCCACUGAGGGGAAAUGGGAAGUGUUGAUCGGGUCCUCUCACAUCCUGACUCCAACCAGCUUCCUCAAUGACCUCAAGAAUCUGGACCAAGUUCCUAAUCCUGAUUGUUAGAUAGUGAAACACUGAACAGGGAGGAGCACACUGGAACAAGGGUUUAGUCUUUUAUUUCAGAUUAUCGGGUCAUCUGACGUGAAAUAUGAAGAGAAAUUUUAGAUGUAGCCAUGGAGGGAAACAUUUGUGAAUCAUAAUUUUAUUUUAGAGCGUUAUUUUUAUCAUUUAUUUGUGGGAUCUGUACACUGUUGUGAUUGAUACUGUAUUAAAAUAUUUAAUAGGAUUGCUAAUAUUUUGAUUAUUGUACUAUGCUCAUUCAAAAUCUUAUUUUUGUUACUGUUAUAUUUGAUUUUCCUGAUUUUGUACUGAAAAUUUAUAUAAUUUCCACAAAACUGGAUCCUCUCCAACCAAAAUUCUUAUUCAACUUCAUGUACAUAAGUCAAUGGAUGUUUGCAUUGUUAAUUUAGUGACAUUCAUUUUGUGAAAGCUCUCCCCCUUCCUCUUGGAAAUCGAAUCUCAGACAAAAUGUCUCAACUGCUGUCGUAUGAUAUCUUGCACAUUCAUAAUAUGCUUAUAUAUAUAUUCCUGGGAGCAAGUGUGGUGGGUGUUUGUUUCUUUGUUGUUAAAAAUGAGUUAUUAAAGAAACAUAAGAUUCACUCUAA